AUGCUUGCUAAGGCUGUCGCUAAUCAUACUACUGCCACCUUUAUCAGGAUGGUCGGUUCAGAAUUUGUUCAAAAAUACUUAGGAGAGGGCCCGCGAAUGGUCAGAGAUGUAUUCCGUCUGGCUCGAGAGCAAGCUCCUUCUAUUGUCUUCAUCGAUGAGAUUGAUUCCAUCGCCACCAAGCGUUUUGAUGCCCAAACUGGUGCGGAUAGGGAGGUUCAGCGUAUCUUACUGGAGUUGCUUAACCAGAUGGAUGGCUUUGACCAAGACACUACUGUGAAGGUGAUCAUGGCCACCAACAGAGCGGAUACUCUUGAUCCUGCUUUACUACGUCCUGGUCGUCUCGAUAGGAAAAUAGAGUUCCCUCUCCCUGAUAGGAGGCAGCGGAGGCUCAUUUUUCAAACCAUCACUGGUAAGAUGAAUCUUUCUGAAGACGUUGACCUCGAGGACUUCGUAUCGCGACCCGAGAAGAUUUCUGCCGCAGACAUAGCAGCAAUAUGCCAGGAGGCUGGUAUGCAAGCUGUGAGGAGGAACCGGUAUGUGGUGACUCAAAAGGACUUUGAAAAGGGUUGGAAGGAGCAUGUCCGGAAGAAGGAUCGUGAUUUCGAGUUCUACGCCCUAUAA